UCACCAUUCAGUCGGCCGACUUGUGGGGGGCCCAUGAACGCGGACGGCGCGCUCCUCGCGACAGUGCAGUGACAAGUUUGACAAGGACCACUUCCUGGACCUGAUCUCGCGCUUUCGAAUUUUUCGUCCUGCAGCUCUCGGAUUGGGGCACUGGUGUGAAAUUGACGACAGUCGACUUCAUGGACCGAAUGCGAGAUUUUAUUUGAUCUAAAAUGGAGGACGACACAAGCCGAAUAAUAAAAUGAGUCCUACAAAGGGUGAAACCAAAAGAGGAUGUGUGCGUCCGCCUCACUUCGACAUACUAUGGCUCCCGAAAGCAGCCCUCCGUUCCGUAGAGGGCGACCCGUCAGACUGCGUGCUCGUGGUGGGCGUAUCGCGUCCGAAAAUGGCCCUGGCCAUCCUGACGGUGAUGCUGCUUUCGCUCUUCCUCACCUUCCACAUGAUUUAUGACAGCGCCCUUAACAGCCUCCACACCAAGUCCGUGGAGCACACCAGGCCCCCAAUCCUGCUGUUGAGCAGGAGACUCUAUCCGGCGGCGGCGCGUCGUCUGCCCCAGGCCAUUAUUAUGGGUGUAAGAAAGUGCGGAACCCGCGCCUUGCUCGAGAUGCUGUAUCUGCAUCCGAUGGUGCAGAAGGCGGCGGGCGAGGUGCACUUUUUCGACCGAGACGAGAACUAUAACAAGGGGUUGGAGUGGUACAGGAUGCAGAUGCCGCACUCGUAUCACGGUCAGAUAACUAUCGAGAAGAGUCCCAGCUACUUUGUUACGCCCGAGGUCCCGGAAAGAAUACGAGCAAUGAACGCGAGCGUCAAAUUACUUUUGAUAGUGCGCGAGCCAGUGACGAGGGCCAUUUCUGAUUACACCCAGCUGAGGGCGAACGCCGCAACUGCACCACCAACCCUACCGACUCCUCCGCCUAAAAGCUUCGAACAACUAGCCCUUUACCCCAACGGUUCCAUCAACGAAGCCUACAGACCCUUGGCGAUCUCCAUUUAUCACAACUACCUCCACAGAUGGUUGGAAGUAUUCCCUCGGGAACAGAUCCUGAUUGUGAACGGAGACCUGCUGAUUGAAGACCCAGUCCCUCAGAUCCAAAAGAUCGAGAAGUUUCUAGGGCUGGAGCCGAGGAUAGGCACCCACAACUUCUACUUUAACGAGACGAAAGGUUUCUACUGCCUGCGCAACGAGACCUCAGAUAGAUGUCUGAGGGAGACCAAGGGACGACGUCAUCCACGUGUAGAGCCACGUGUCGUCUCGAAAUUGAGGAAGUACUUCCUCGAGCACAACCAGAAGUUCUACGAACUGAUGGGGGAGGAUAUGGGGUGGCCGGAAGAAUAAGUUUUUCGCGGUUUUCGGUUGUCUUUUGUGUUUUGGUGUCUUGGUACAAGGGUGUUUCUGUCGAUGUGAUAACAGUUAACAUACAUAUCAUGUUAGAAUACUACUGUUUUAGUAAGGGAAACUAUACAUAUCAUAGUUAAGGGUUAAACGGCCAAACAUAUAUUGAACACGAUUUAUACAAGUUUACACGAAUUAGAUAUUAAAUUAUUGUAUUUUACUAUUGUGAGAAUUUUCAAAUUAUAUAAGUGUUACUGUAUUAACAAAAAUAUAUAUUUAUACAUAAGGGGUUAAAAAAUCAACAACAAAACAACGUUUCCAAUAGCAUGGGAUAACAGAAAGUCAACUUAAACGUUUCAAAACAGUAAAUUACAAUUGUUGAAAUUGAAAUAUCGUAAUUUACACCCACAGAACUUCGCAGGCAUCCUGAAAGAGCAACUCCAAUAAUUUUCCACAUAAAAGGGUGGUUGGUUUAUUUUGAGGAGUAUCGAAAAAGUGCGCAGGCGUGCACAAACCGCAGCCUCAUUAUUUUAAUCACAGACAUUUGAAAAGUCACAGUUUCUUCGUUCCCGUCGGACAGAAAGUGCUCGAGAGCUCGUUCAACUUUGAAAAGCGCCCGCGGUGCGAGAAACGCUAAAAAAACCGCCAUAACAAAAUCAUUCCAUCAUUCAAGUUUUUCAACUACUUGAAGGCACGUUAAUUACUGUGGAUUUUCACUGCACAUGCGAGAAUAAACUGUAAAACCGGGGAGUAUAAUUUAUACAAGCUGAAGUUUGUGGAGUCGCAGGAGUUACUUCAUAAUCGCGGACUAUUUUCGAACGGGGAGUUUUCUGGGACGUUGUUUUUUUUUUGGCGGCGGGACGAGUGGCGGUUAAGGAAGUUUUAAGGCCAUUAUUCACUGCGCAAAUUGUUCUACUGUUGCGUUUUUAGUCUUUUAAUUAACGGAGCAGUGCAGUUUAAUAACCGAUAUUAAAUGUGGCGAAAAAAUUAAAACGCGACACGAGUAUUUUCGAACUGCAACUUUCUGGAAAGUUUCUUGGUAUUUUCGUCCGGCUUUAUUUAUUAAAAGGUGAAGUCAUAAACCAUAAAAGUUUUGUACACGAAAUAAGAACAACAUCAAUACAGAAUUUAAUCCAUAACGGGUAUUUUUAAAGCUAUUUACAAAAGUAAUAAUCGACUAUUUUUAUGUAUACUAAUUACUAUGAAAGAACACUUUGUACCAAGACACUCGAUUAGGAAAGAAGCACAAUUGUGUACAAUUUUGCUCAAUUAUUAGAUACCAAUUAUUAAUUAUAGCAAUUAAACCAGACAUGACUAGAAAGCAAUUGUACAUUUUCACCAACUUUAAUUAAAGAAUUGUCUGGUUUAAAUAAAUACAUAUCAAAAACAAAUACUUUAUAUACACACACACAUAGAGUGUUUCAUAAGAAUCCGUGAUAAUUGCUUCUUUCAGUUUAGAAGUUUUUAUGAAACACAAUAGAUAAAAAACGAAUUACUUUACCUGCAUUCUACACUUCAAACAAAUUAUUUGUGGACCUGGUUUUUAAGUUGGAUCAUAUUGAUCAGUGCCUUAUUUACUUUUAAAAUUGCGUAUUCCACAUUGGAGUACCAGGUUAAUUGAUAUUUUCCUAAAAACUACUACAACCUCUACAAGUCUCCAUCUCAAUUGAUAUUUUUCGGUAGAUAAAUUAGAUGAUUGAAGGUAUCAAUUAAACAUCCCAAAGUUACAAUUAAGUUCCCACAAUUUAGAUAUUUGUAAAAAGCAAUAGUAUUUCCUUUCCAAUGCCCCAUAGGUUAAUCGUUUUUUAUUAAUCAAACGAAACUAAUGCAUAUCAGAACAUGCCAUACCACCUUAGAUUGUAAGUUAGUUAAUAAACUAGAUCUAGAAUAAAAACACACUGAAAACAAUUCUGAAUUGAACGGUUUUCGGGUGGGUUUUUGAAGAGGCUGCGUUAGAAAAUGAAUACAUAUCAAAGUUAAAAACACAUAUCAAAAUGUGAUGUCAUUUACAGAGAGUAUGUAUAUAUAAAUAUAUAGAAUAAUGUUUUUUAAGUUGAAUUGACGUUUUAGAAAACGAUUUAUUUGUAAUAUAAUGUUACAUGUUUGUGUAUGUGAGAGUUUUGGAAGUUUCUAAAGGUGUAAAAAAUCUGUAAAUAACUAGCACCACAAAUAUCCAGUUUAGAAACGUUCCCAGGAAAAAGGUCCCUUAGCAUAAUUAAAGAUAUUUACAGAUUUUAAUAAUUGCUUGUUAUUUUCUAGUUUAUUUUUUCAUACAGUUUCUAGAUUAAUGUAUCUAUAUUUCGAAACUAUUUCUUGUAUAUCUGUCGAGUCCGCUAUCUUGCAAUAUUCUAUAAACUUAUACUAUAGUCUGUCACUUUUUAAAUGUUGUAGUGUCUAGUGGAUUUAGAGAAGUUUUGAUUUUACGAUGUCCCAAAAAUUAACUUUCAAAUUUUGCCGAUUUAGCCAAAGAAUGGUGUUUCCUUGGCUGGAUUCAUUUCUCCUACCAAUUCUCUAAAUAUAUUAAACGAGGAUCUUUAAAAUGCAUUAUUAAUUUGCAAAAUUGGUAGAGGAUAUAUUUGUGUACAAAUUAAUAUGAAGACUGCUAUUUAAAAAUUGAACCAAUUUUAUUAACAAUGCAUUUCUUCGUCUAAUUAUUACCAAAAAAUAAAUAAAUAGAAGCUUUAUUAAACUUAGCAUAUUGUUAUUUUCAUUACAUUUUUUAAAUGUAGUAGAGUAUACACUGUUAAAUAUACGCACGACGAAAAAUGGGUAUCAUAAUAAAUAAAAAAAUAUUUGUUUUUUUAUACAAGUGAAGUUUAGCUGAAAUAUUGAAUUUUAUAUGUGACGUAUACACAUACAUAUUUUAAAGAAUUUAUUAGUGAAUUAAAACCAUAUCAAAUGCAAUAAGUAUUUCGUAUUCAAAUAUGUAUGUGAAGUACAAAUUUUUAAAUUAUUUCUACCUGAAAUCCAUGUAUCUGUGGGUAAAUAAAUGUGAUCAGAACA